AAUGGAAAGAAAUUAAAAAUCUCGAAGUUAUAGAUAGACCGAAACUUGACCCUUGUCACAAGGAGUUGUUAAGAAAAUAUACUGUUAAUAAUAUUAAAAAAUUAAAAUCACUUCUUUUUGAAUUAUUUAUACCUGAUGGUAAAGAAUAUAAUCGGAAUAUUCUCUUCUGUCUUGAUUAUAUAAAUAAUGCAUAUCGUGGAAUUUUACGUUUAUGGGAAAUGGAUGAAAAUCCUUUUGACUCCUUAAAGCUAGAAGGAUGGUUCGAAAUGAACGUCUGGGGCCGACUUAUAGAUCCCGCAUUCGAUAAUUUAAAUAUUGACUUAAUUCGUGGAGAAGGAAUGAGCUUUGCUUCUAGUGAAAGAAAGAACAUUCAAAGAAAAAUUAAUGAUCACAAAAAAUUUGGCAGAAAAGGUGAUGGUGUAUUUAGAUUACACAAAGGUCGUUUAGAAUUCGGUGCAAUUGAAGCUGGCAAGAAUUGGGAAGAGAUAAAUGGUACGAAAUAUAUGUCCGAUUCACUUAAAAUAUCUAAGAUGUUAAAGGAUAUGCUAGAUAAAUUAAUUAGAGAAUGUAAAAUGAAAGAAAAUCUAGUAAAAAAACUAAAAGUAAUAGGAAUACUCCACGGUGCAAACAGGUUGCAAGUCUUAACUAUAGAUCAUCCUGAAGGAUACAUCACUCGAAUUAAUCGUAAUAAUGUUCAAGAAGUUGCCGGUAGAUUAACAAACUCCAAACCACUUGCUCUGGUAUUAAAAGAGGUUUUAUAUGCACGAUCUAUUAUCAUUGCAACAAUGGAUGUAAUUGAUAAGAAAGAUGAUUUAAAGAUCGAAACCUUUCUUGAUAAUAGUGAUGAUGGAUAUCACACACCCCCCACCAAUAUUACGACGAACACAUUUACAACACCAAAUAAAUCACGUACAAAGGAUAUGAUUAAUGAGAUAAAAAAUAGUGUUAAAAUAACAAUACCAUGUUAUGAUCGGCAAUUAUUUUGA